AUGAAUAAACAGCAGAAAACCAACAGCCUGAAAGAGAGGUACCAGAUGAAGAAGUACUCCCUGCGGCUGGAGUUUGCCCAGUUCACGGCACCGCCCCGCACCAACACCCCCAAGGCCCAGCCCAUGCUGCUACCUCUGCCUUUAACCUCCAUCUUCAUUCUCAGCACCUUCGCCUGGCUGACUCCCAGAAGUUUUCAUAAGCAGCUCAGGUAUCUACUCCUCCAGCAAGUCUCCACCAACAGAAAGAGCAGGCAGUGGUUCUCGAGUUCUGUCACAGAAAGCUUUGCCAAAGUGAUCCAUGGCUUGAAAGUGGGACACCUGACAGAUCGCGUUAUCCAGAGGAGCAAGAGGAUGAUUCUGGAUACCCUGGGUGUUGGGUUCCUGGGAGCCAGUACAGAAGUGUUCCAAAAAGCCAGGGAAUACAGUAAAAUCUAUAGUUCCAACGUAUCCAGCACUGUUUGGGGCCAGCCAGACUUCAGGCUACCACCAACAUAUGCUGCUUUCGUUAACGGUGUGGCUGUUCACUCAAUGGAUUUUGAUGACACGUGGUACCCUGCCACCCACCCUUCUGGAGCUGUCCUUCCUGUCCUCAUGGCUUUGUCAGAAGCCCUGCCUCCAAGUCCAAAGUGUUCUGGCCUUGACCUGCUGCUGGCUUUCAACGUUGGUAUUGAAGUGCAAGGCCGAUUAAUGCAUUUCUCCAAGGAAGCCAAGGACAUACCAAAGAGAUUCCAUCCCCCCUCAGUGGUGGGAACUUUGGGUAGUGCUGCUGCGGCAUCUAAGUUUUUGGGGCUCAGCAUGACAGAGUGCCAAGAGGCCCUGGCUAUUGCUGUUUCUCAUGCUGGGGCACCCAUGGCGAAUGCCGCCACUCAGACCAAGCCUCUUCACGUCGGCAAUGCCGCCAGGCAUGGGCUAGAAGCUGCUUUUCUGGCAAUGCUGGGUCUCCAGGGAAACAAACAGGUCUUGGACAUGGAGUCAGGGUUUGGGGCCUUCUAUGCCAACUAUGCCCCCAAAAUCCUUCCAGACGUAGAUUCACACACUUGGCUGCUGGACCAGCAGGAUGUGGCCUUCAAGCUUUUCCCUGCCCAUUUGGCCACGCACUGGGUGGCAGACGCAGCUGCAUCUGUGAGAAAACAGCUUGUAAGAGACAGAGCCGUGCUUCCCACUGACCACAUGGAGAGAAUUGUGCUUAGAAUUCCAGAUGUCCAGUAUGUGAACAGGCCCUUCCCAGACUCGGAGCCUGAGGCCCGACACUCCUUCCAGUACGUGGCCUGCGCCAUGCUGCUGGAUGGUGCCAUCACUGCCUCAUCAUUCCACAAACACCAGGUCAACAGGCCACGGGUAAGAGAGCUGCUCGGUAAGGUAGAGCUGGAGCACCCUCAGGACAACCUACCAAAUUUCAACACCCUCUACUGCGAGGUAAGUGUUGCCCUCAAGGAUGGAGCCAUCUUCACAGAGCACUCUGAUACCUUCUACGGUCACUGGAGGAAGCCUCUGAGCCAGAAAGACCUACAGGAAAAGUUCAGAGCCAAUGCCUGCAGGAUGCUGUCCUGCCACACUGUAGAAAGGCUUAUAGAGAUAGUAGAAAACCUAGAAGACCUGGAAGACUGCUCUGUGUUAACUGCACUUCUGAAAGAACCCUCUCCACCAGAGAUAGUUUCAAAAUCUCUCUAG